GGGAAAUUAAACGGAUUCGUUUUGUUGGGUGUUACGCAGAGACGGAGACGGACUCACCUAUGACGCAGUCCUCUGUCCGCGGUCAAAUCCCAUGAAGUGCGACACACCUCGUUCGGCUCAGUGGCCCAGCAUUCGUUUGGCUGGCACAUGUUCAGCAGGUUGGGAUGGCACCGUGGGCUUCCAAAGCUUCAACAAGAGCGAGCAGGUGAGCGCGCAGCUCGUGAGCUGCGACUACGACCGCAUCUACACCUGCAAGCCCGGGAUCCAGUCGGGCAUGACCUGCUGCACGCUUGAAAGAGGUCCACAAGGUGAUGUCCCGCUGGCAGCGCGCUAUGACAAGGUGGGCAUGAGCCUUUGCCAGCCACAAGGCUGGUGCUCCAAGUGCCGCCAAGUGCCGCCACGCCUCGACGUCUUGCAAGCGCUAGGGUUUCAAGGCCGUCGCUGUAGGAAACAGAGGUGCCGGGACGUUGUGGAGAAGGAGGCCAUCUCAGUUCUGCAGGCUGCUUUCAGUAUUGGUGCACUGGCUUUCGCGGAAGGUUUCCCAGAUAGCUGGUGAAGCCUUGCGCAGAGGAGGAUAGCUGGAAUGUAAAAGUGC